GCUUUUGCAGUUUUUAAUAUUGUUGAACGACAGAACGCUUCCGUUUCGCUGGCAGUGCGUAAUGUUUUGAACUGCUUUAGUUUGCUUACCUGGUGAAAAAUGUGCUUAAAUUGUUCAGAUUUUCCGCCCGAUUUCGUUGGCCAUUCGUUUAUACGCCUGCAUUGACGAGGUCGAACGAGCAUUAACACCCUCGCAGCAACAAACUGCACUUCAUACGGAUAAGACAGCCGUGUCCGGCAAGCCAACAGCAUCUCGAUAUCCUGGUUUCCGCCUCCUCCGCGGCUGUACAUUUCAUUUCGCUCCGCGGGCAAAAACGAAUCGCGUGCGGGUAAUAACAAACCCAAGUAACCGUAAAUAUUUAAAACUAAUUCGCAAUCUGCGCACUUAAAUACCUGUUGGUAUAUUAUCAGAACCGAGAAACACGAACAAUGAGUGCAAGGAAACGCGCGAAACAAUAACAUUAAUUCAAAAACUUAAACAUUUCUGCGAUUUCGAUUAAAACAAAAGUGAUCGAAGAAUAUACAUAUAUAAAGCACAAAUCGGGCCAUCGAGAACAUUACAAAUUGUCAAAUAGUUUUGUGAAAAGGGGGAAUACAAAAAAAUACUAAAGCCGGUGCGGAUUGUAAAAUGCCAAAAACUUUUGUGCGCCUCAACGUACAAACAUUGUAAAGACUAGAAUAUAACUUCGAUUUCCGCUGGUAAAAAUUAAGAAACACAAAUCCAUAGCUCUUAGCCUAAACGACUCAAAAUGCUGCCAUUGUCGAUGGCCAGUGCGGAGGCCAAGCAGCUCCAGCGCAAUAUAUCAUUGUCCAUGUCGCCAGCGAAUGGAGGAGCCAUCUCUCCAUCUACCGUGAAUGGCAAUGGUGUUGCCUGCGCCUCCGGCGGAAAUCCAAACCCCAACAGCCUCCUCACACUGGCUCCGCGCAAGGAGGAGCUGCGCUUCCUGCCCCUCGCACCCAUGGGCGGCAACAAGACCUGCAACAUCACCAUCAGCAAUGUCCAGCCAAUGAAAUCCAAACUGAAGACGGUCAACAUAGUGCCAAAUUCCAUAAAGUCCGCUGGAGCUGGUGCCACUGCCGGAGCAACAGAUGCUCCCCUGUUCCAGCUGUUGCCAUCGCCCAUUAAUCCCAGCCAACCGUUGGUGGCCAUACUGGCCCCCAAUUGCAAGACCACGCUGCUCGGCGGAGGUGCAUCCAAUGCCCAACCGGUGGUCAUACGCUCCGGAACACCUUUGCAGAAGAACAGCCUUACCGUUGACACCAGCAAGAAGCCCAUCCAGCCAGGAGGAUCGGCUGCAGCAGUCGCCGUGGGAGGCGGAACUGGAGGAGCACCUUUAACGCUCAUGGGCAAAACGGCCGUUCCACCGAAAAUACAAACUGCGGCACCUGUCCAGAUUCCCAGCACGGGUCCGGGUGCGCAGGUCUCCCUGCUGGCCAAUCCCCUCAAGCCACGUGCUCCACUCAUACUCAGCAAGGUGGCGGUGGACAAGCUGCGUCUAAAGUUCAGCCAGGUCAAGAGCAACCCGAAUGCACUAGUUCUCGGCAAGGCGAAUAAUGUGAAGAAACUUCUGACAUCGCCGAACUCCAGUGGCGAGGAUAAGACCAGGAGCACCCAGAACCACAACAAACUGAAUACUAGUGCCAGCCAACUAAAGCCAGUUGUUGCACCCAAAGCGGCGAUGCCCAUUGGCACGGAGGAGCCGACCACUAAUAAUAACAAAAUGAGUCUGAUUAAGGCGAAGCACGCGGCCAUCAAGACAGUGCCGCUGCCCAACCAGGAAGCGCCCAUUGUGCCGGCAGUGGCGCCUGUUGUUACAGCUCCAGAGAAGGUCGACGUUAAGCCCACUGCAAAGCCCUCAAUCAAGACAACACCCAAACCAACUCCUAAACCUCUGGAGAUUUCCGUAAAUGGACCAGCCAAGGAGAAAAAGGCGCCUGCCAAGGAGCAGAAACAGAAGGCAAUGGACAAACCACCGUUGGUCAAGGAAAUCACUCAACGCCCGCCAUCUGGGCCCAAGGGAUUGCCCAAACUGAAACGCUCGAAGUCCUUCGUGUCCAACCAUCCCACUUCGCUAGUGGCCAACAACGAGCGACGUCACUCGGUGGCCAUUAUGGCCAAGGAGGUGGAUGUGAUCGAGCAGCCCAAUGCGCCAAUCGAGACCAUCACCAUUGAAGAUGAUGAGAGCGAGGAGGAGCAGCAGAAGCCGAAAAUGAAGGAGACGCCGAAGCAGAAGCCGGAAAAGGAGACGCCGAAGCAGAAGCAGAUCACCAUGCCCAUUCUGCCCGCAGGGAUAACCAUUUCCACCACCACCAGUACGGCCAAGAAGAAGGCAGUGAGGAAGAACUCCUCCGUGACGACAAUCUCUUCUAGUUCCAGCGACAGUUCGUCCAACAGCGAUGUGGAGGAGGUGCCGGCCAAGAAAACCGAGAAGGAACUCAGCCGGCUGCCUGGCAUAAGCAUCAUCAAGGCGGAAUCUCUGCCACUGAGCAGGGAGGACUUUGAGCGCUCGUUGCGCUGCGAUGAGCAGGUGCCCCAUACUCCGCCCAAGUCCUCCGCCUCAUCCUCUUGCGGCUCUUACGCAUCGGAAAAGUCGCCGCCGCCCAAACUCGCCGAUCCGAAGCCAUCAAGUCCACCUGCAAGAAAUGGCAGGAAAGCCAACGACCAUGAUGCGUACCCACCUCCUGGCAGCAAGACCAAUGACUUUAAAAAGAGCAUGAUACAGAACCUGAACAUGCUGAAAUGGCGCGGCCAGCAGCCGGCCAACCUGCAGAACUCCACCGUCCGGUUCGAGCUGAAUGAGUUCAAUUUUCUGCAGAUAAACGAACGCUGCCAGCCACGCCAGGGUCCAGCUGCAUACUUCGAGCUGCCUCUGUAUGAUCGUCCCGGCCGCAGGCCCUCGGACUGCAUCCAUCCGCUGCUGUACUUGUGCCAGCGUUGCAAUUGCCACGGACCCGCCGCCGACUUCCUGGCACCACAUUUCUGCUCCGUUAACUGUGUGCGUCGAUCGCAGAAGCGUCGUCUGCCGCAGAGUACGCAGAAGGAGAGCAAGAUAAGCCGUACCCAACUAGAGCAAACAGCUGGAACAGCGCCAGAUUUGCCACAAAAGCAGCAAACCAGCUACAAACCCCACAAAUCUCUGUCUGCCAUACAGGAACAGCUGCAGCAACGUCAAAAGGAUAAGCCCAGAAAGCAAUUCCGCUGGAGCGAGUACCUCAAGUCAAAGGGCAAGGAUGUGGCAGCGCCCAUCCACCUGUUCCUCAAUCCGUUCCCCAUCAGUCCCAACUGCUUCGAGCUCGGCAUGAAGCUGGAGGCCAUCGAUCCGGAGAACUGCUCGCUCUUCUGUGUCUGCAGCAUUGUCGAGGUUCGUGGCUAUCGGCUGAAGCUAAGCUUCGACGGCUACUCCUCCAUGUACGACUUCUGGGUGAACGCCGACUCGCAGGACAUCUUUCCGCCAGGCUGGUGCGAUGAGACAGCACGCGUUCUGCAAGCGCCCAAGGACUACAACUCGGAGCGGUUCAGUUGGAGCCGCUAUUUGGUGAAAACGGGCUGCAAGGCAGCUCCGCGGGCGCUCUUUGGUCAUCUGAAUAUGCAGCAGCAGAUGGAUGUGCGCAACGGCUUUGCUGUGGGCAUGCAUCUCGAGGCGGAGGACCUGAACGACACGGGAAAGAUUUGUGUGGCCACAGUGACGGAUAUACUGGACGAGCGCAUUCGAGUCCACUUUGACGGCUGGGAUGACUGCUACGACCUGUGGGUACACAUCACCUCACCGUACAUCCAUCCCUGCGGCUGGCACGAGGGACGCCAGCAGUUGAUCGUUCCGCCGAACUACCAGAGGUCUGUCUUCAAUUGGGAUGACUACAUAUCAGAGGUUGGUGGAAUGGCCGCCUCCAAGGAGCUGUUCACACCACGCCAGCCAAUGGAGUACCAGGAACGCAUGAAACUGGAGGUGGUGGACCAGCGUAAUCCCUGUCUGAUUCGUCCGGCCACAGUGGUGACGCGGAAGGGCUACCGGGUUCAGCUGCACCUGGACUGCUGGCCCACGGAGUACUACUUCUGGCUGGAGGACGACAGUCCCGAUCUGCACCCCAUCGGCUGGUGCGAGGCCACCUCGCACGAACUGGAAACACCGCCUGGCUAUCUUCAGCCCAAGUCCUUGAUGCCCUGCGAUGUGGAGGGAUGUCGGGGCUUUGGCAACGCCAAGCGCUUCAACCUCAACGUCCAUGCUUUGCGGGAAUGCUGUCCGUAUGCGCCGGAGAAUUGGCGUCAGUGGCGCUCCAAGACGGUGAAGCCGCCGCGUGUGGCGCCCGAGAAUAUCAGACGUGGAUGGGCGAAGAAAGCAAAGCGAGCCAGUUCGGAGGCCAAGCAAGCCAUUAAGGAGGACUCCCAGCCAGAGAUUGUCCAGCCGAAGGUCGCGGAAAAGGUGCAAGCCAAGCGAAAGACGCCUACAUGUGAGGAGAAGGUUGUGAAAAAGCAGAAGCAGGAGGAUGCGGAGCAGGUGCCGGAUGAACGCUCCCUGGCCAUAGCCAGAUCCUUUGUGAAGGACUACGGACCACAGUUCCUGCCAAACUAUCGCCUCUGGCAGCUCAACAGCGGCUUCCAAUUGGACGACGUGCGAACCAAUCCGCUCCACUGGACCAGCUGGGAUGUGUGCGAGUACUUAGAGCGUGCCCUGGAUUCCACUGACAUUGCCAAGCUGAUCUUCGAGCAGGACAUCGACGGCAGAGCGUUGCUGAUGCUGGGGCGCAAGGAGUUGGACAAGUACCUGAAACUCAAAGUGGGCCCGGCCGUGAAGCUCUACUCCCUGAUUCUGAAUCUGCGUAUCGCGGUCAUCUGCAAGUUUGAUUCCAAUAACAUCGAACUGGAGAGCAAUACUGCUGAUCCGAUUCUGAGGGAGAUGAAUACACCUGUUCCUGCGAUAAAGCAGCUGCCGGAGCAGUCCCAGAGCAACGGCUACAAGGCGGACCAUGACCAGGAGCUCUCCGAGAGCGCGGACGACGAGGACGACGAAGACGAGAUGCUUGACAGCGAUGACUUUCUCAGCGUUAAGCCGAGCUCCCUGGUCAUUGACGAGGACGCCGAUGGCGAUGGCGAUUGUGAAUCCGACGGCGAUGUGGAGAUGGUGCCUCUGGAAGUGCGCACGCCCUUGCGCACGUCCUCCUAGGACUCCUACGAUACCAGGCAUACCGCUUCCGUUGAUUGAUUUAUAAGAUUUUGUUGCACCGGCCUCGGCCCCUUCGGGUAUUAUGUUUAUAGGUAGUAUUUAUUCUUUAAGCCGAUAUGAAUUAUUCGAUUUGUUUGUUUUUCGAUUCGUCAUCCAAUAAAUGAUCCCUCUAGAUAUGUA